UUUGGGUUGUGACCUUUCUGCUGCUGCUUGACUUCCGCAUGCCUAAGUGCAUUGCUUCAUAUGUCUACUCGUACACACAUCUGGCGUCCCGGAAUUUCCUAUAUAAAACCUUACAGCCUUGUAACCAGCACUACCGCACCCUCCUUUACAGUCUCUCUUUGUGUAAUCCCCUAGACGGCAUUCUUAACUUCUCUUCGCUUUACAUUUGGCGGGCGGCGGUGCAGGGGCGUUUUUUCAGGAUUGUACUCGAGUAUGAUUUUAUGUAUUCAUUCAAAAACCCCACACCAUCUAUAUUAUUCACCUUCAUCAGAUUUCCCCCCCCCCCUCCGUGA